AUGGGCAAACGAAACAACAAGAAUGGCAGUCAGAAAAUGGCUGGCAAUGCUACCAAUAACGACACCGAAUUAGCUUGCACCCAGAAGACACCUGUCAAGGAGACAACUUCAGGGAGCACAACUGCUAAUGAGACACCUGUCAUGGAUAAUCCAAUGGAAUUGAUCCAGAAACUACAAACUUGUUUCCAGAGUCAAGAAACGGAUUCGAAUGCAUUGCGAAGUAAAAUACAACGUCUAGAGGACAACCUCAAGGAUACACAGGGUACACUCAUAAAUACACGUGAACAAUCACAAGCCGACGUUUCUGGAUUAAACCUUAUCAUCAAAAAUCUCGAGUCAACUUCAGAGAGCCUACGAGAAGAAUUACAGAACAAAACUCAAGCUUAUGCAGAGCUUGAGGAAGAAUAUGGAGAUGACGUCUUGAAUUAUGAGGGUGGGAUCAAGGCAUCGAAGAUAGAGAAGGAGAAGCUACAAGCAACAGUGAAGGAGCUCAAGUCUGUCAUACAAGCUGGAUGUAUCACCACAGAAGUAUUGAAACGAGAUUUUGACAAGGAACGAUUGACCCAUCGAAGCGAGGUGGAUAGCCUAAAAGCAACGAUACUCGAACUGCAGCAAAACAACAUGUCUAAAGAUAUUGAAGCAAAACCGGAGCCUUCAAACGUCGACAAAUGUAUUUCAAGUGCUCCUACAGACAAAGUGGAUACCGAUUGUGAGAACUGUGUAUUACAAUCAGCUCAAAUAAAAGAUAUGAACGUAGAUCUAGCCGUUCAAUCUCGGUCACCGACUCGAAGCGAUAUUGGCAUUUUACAGGGACUUCGCGUGAACAAAGUUAGCGACAUAAGGGUAUUCGUGACGGUUUUAACUCCAAUGCAGCUUAAAAGGAAACAAGAUUGGGAAAAUUCUCUGCUCGAGAUGGCGGAAGGCAGGUUAUCAUGUCAAAACAACGGUCUAUUGGACUACGGAGCUCUUGUCAAAAAGUGGCAGGCUUCAUAUUCAUACCUGGAAAACCUUGAAAUCUCGCAAGUUCUUUACUGCGAGUCUCAGUUUCGAAUUGAAUUUAUUCGGGAGAAGGACGAAGAUAUCAUAAGUCUCAGAAAUCAGUUAUCAAUGCAGAGAAUAGAAACGAUGAAUUGCCAGGAAAAGUUAAUAGCAUCUCAUGGCAAGGUAAUAAAUGGUAUGAAAGAAGCAGCGAAUAUCAAGGGCACAGAAGAAAACAUUAAGCAAAACAAGCUUAAAGAAGCCCACCAGAAAGCUAUUGACUCCCUUAAUGUGAGUCACAAAGCUCAAAUCACGAAACUCGAGGCCGAUCUCCAAGCUCUGAAUACAAGUUGCGAAACUCGAAUCAUGGAACUCGAGAAGGAACAUCUUCCGUAUCGUGAUCUUGCUGAACGUAUUCUGGCUCGCGAGUUUGAAUGGUGCAAACAUCCUAGAGCACGUAACGAGGAGAUUAUAGAUCAGGGAAAUCUUGCUGCACAUGGGGGAAACUGUCGUGCUGUAUUGAGAAGGACAGAACUAAAUCCAAACGAUGGAGACAACGAAUGGUUUAGGCUCUGGUACGGUAUUAGCAUUGAAGCCUUCGCCGAGAACAAGGACUCCCCAAGAAUAAAAAAGCUUCUUGACAUGCGAUAUGAAAUGAAGAAGUUCAAGGCUGUUCAGCUUUCCGAUACAGCUUUUGAGCGGAAUUUUCAAGAAAUCAUGAGGGCGGUCGAAGGAAUGGAAGAGUGCCAACUGCCUACGUCCUCUAAAAGUCAUGGUGAUGGAGAUGAGAAUGUAGAUUCUACCUCGGAUCCUAUCUUCUUGUCAAUGUGUUCUGAAUACGAUGAAGCUGCAGAAUACGAGAAGAGGCGCCGAAAAUCGGAUUGGAAACUCGGACAUAACGGUCAGGUCGUGGGGCAUUCGAUUGUUGACCGAACAAAAAAAGUUUUGGGCACUCCCAAGCCCCCGGCCAUUCAAUAUGACAGAUUGAGACGUCAUCUUCCCUGGUUUAUAAGUAUAAAUUCCGUAGGAUUCGCGAAGCAAUGCGGAAAUAUCAGAAGAGAGGCGUAG